AUGACACUACAGCGGAGCUCAUACACCGUACGAUAUCCUAGAUGGAUGGUCGGAAAAAGGUUGCUUUACUCCUCUUCUGCACUGGCUUCUUUGGGCGAUGCCAUGUUUGGAUACAGUCAAGGCAUCAUAGCUGCAGCGCAAGUGCAGCCAUCGUUUAUUCGGCGUAUGUAUGGAAAGGAUGUCACGCUUGAACAGGUUCAAGCCGGAGUAGAAGGAGUUGAUGAGUUCGUGCAAGCCAUUGUGGUUGCAUGCCUCAACUUGACUGCGCUUGUUGCAUCGCUUGCAGCAGCCUAUAUUUGUGACAUACUCGGCCGACGCAUGUCGAUUCGUAUAGGGGGCAUCAUAUACCUUAUUGCUUCCAUCAUACAGAUAUUCAUGCCGAAUCUUGCCACUCUAAUAGUCGGGCGUUGCAUCCAAGGUCUUGGGGUUGGAAUGCUGUCAAUGACAGUCCCAAUCUAUCAGUGUGAAAUUGCACCAGGCCAUGGGCGAGGGCUGUUCGUGUCCAUUGAAUAUUUUUGUCUAAACUCGGGCUAUGCUCUUUCCGCAUGGGUUGGCUAUGGUUUCUUUUUUGACAUGCCCUCAGAGCUAUCGUGGAGGGGCCCAUACAUCAUACAAGCCAUCCUGGCAGUGAUACUCGUAAUCUGGACGUUCUUUCUCCCGGAAUCCCCGCGUUGGCUCAUCAAAAAUGACUUCAAAAAGGAAGGCUUCGCCGCCAUUGCCGAUCUACAUGCUAAUGGCGACUUGUACGAUCCUCUAGUAGGAGAAUCCUAUGCAGCCAUUGAAGGAGCUAUUCUUCUCGAGGAUUCUAUGGGCCAGGCUACUUGGGGACAGCUUUUCACCCAAUACACCCGACGAACAAUUGUAGGCAUCACCUGCCAGCUGUUCGCGCAGUUCAAUGGGAUCAACGCUAUCCUGUAUUUCCUUCCUGAAAAUCUUACACGAGCAGGCUUCGAUAUCGGACAGUCGUUACUCUAUUCUGGCGCGUGCGCGCUUGUCUACUGUGCUGGCACUAUUCCAACAAUGUUCUUUGUCGACACCUGGGGUCGUAAAUCAUUCUUGCUGUUUGGAAGCGCUGGUCUCGUCGGAUCUUUGGCGCUUAUCGGUGGUCUUCAGUUCUAUGUUGAAACUCUACCUCUAGGCAACGCACGAAUAAGCACUGCAGAUGGUAUUUUUGCCGGUGAGUGGGGUCCUGUACCAUGGCUUCUGGGCGCCGAAGUAUUCCCCCUGCGCGCCCGUGCAAAGGGCAUGGCUCUAUCCACAGGUGUCAACUGGAUAUCAAACUUUGUCGUGGCUUUCAUCACUCCACCGCUCUUCGCGACGCUCAAGGCCGGGUACUAUUUCCUGUUGCUAGGCUUCUCUGCGAUCUCUGGCAUUUUUGUUUGGCUCGUAUAUAGGGAGACGGCAGGGAAGACCCUCGAGCAGCUGGGUGAGGUCUUUGGGGACAGGGACGUGACUGUCAAGAUCACAAACAAGGAGGCUGCUAGACGUGCAGUGGGUGGUGAGGCUGGUGACAGUACUGGUGAUGGGGGAGGGAUACUGGGUCGAGGGGUCGUCGCGGAGCCACUUGAAAUUCCCGGAUCGACGUCGACAAUCGAGCUCGAAGGGACGUCUGAGGUUACACUGGCGGACCCUAAUGAUGUCAAAGGCGAGAAGCAACCGGCGAAGGAAGAAUCAUGA